CCAUCCAGGUAUUUAUCACCUCCUCUUCUCUUGUUUUAAAGUCACUUUUGAAACUAAAUAAUCUGUUCUUUUUACCAUAAAUUAAUAAUUUUAUUAUUUUAAAUACUGAAUUCUUGUUUUGUUUUGAAGAACUAAAUCAAUUUUCACUGAAUAUGAUAAUAUUUAUACCAUUUCAAACAAGUUUUAAAAUGUGAUUAAAAAAAAAUGGUAAUUUGAAGUAAUUGAGAAGUAAUAAGAAAAGGAAGAUAGAGGAGAGGGUUCAUCAUUAUCGUUUGGAUCAUUUUGGUUUUAUCUUCAGGAUUAGCUUAGCUUUUAUGAGUCUAUCAGCCACUGGGACUUCACUUUAUAAUUAUUGAAUAAAGAAAAGGGAAGAACAUUAAAUCUCCAUCAACUAAAGAAAACCAUGAGCCUGGGAUCCAAAUUUUAUAACUCUUCAAUUUGUAAUUUGAAAUUAAAAAAAAUUGAUUCAAGGAUUGGUGCAUUUGGAUAUUAAGAUGAAGUUUUGAAAUGCCAAACAGUCCUUAUCAUAUUAUUAUUUCCUUACAAUCAGUAAAGUGAAGUGGUUGAUUUCAACCAAUCAGUCACAUCUCUCUACCCAUUACAUAUUUACAUUACAUAUGUUAUUAGUUGAACAUACGUGAAUUUAAUGUAUAGUAUUGUUAUCAAUCAAUUUUACAUUAUGUUAUUGUAUUAUUAUUUUUAGUUUAUUUCAUAAAUUUCGUUAUUGGUUGUAGCUUUUGGGGCUGGUGUAGGGCCAUUAUUGUACAUUUAUAAAUGAACAAAACGUGAAAUGUGAAGAGUAUAUUAAUUUCUACAAUCGACCCAACAUCAUCUUCAUCAUCAUUAUCAUCAUAUAUUGAUGUGUGAUUUUUCUUUCUUUGCUAUCGAUAGUGGAAAUUAAAUGACUCUUAGUUCGAGUUUUCUAAAUGAAAAGGGUGUGGAGGAAAUGAUGGAGGAGGAGAUAUAAAAUAAUUAAAAGCAAGGGAUAUUAUAAUGUUGCAAAAACAUAAACAAUUAAGCCUUUUCUUCUUCUUAUGUUAUAGUUUAUGGAAAUCAAAUCUUGUAGGCUGAAAAUUGGGAGAUUAUGGAGAAUCUCAGGUAGCAAAAAAGAAAAACACUUCCCUUUUCAAUCCAUUUCUCAACCCACAGUAGCUUGUUUCCACCUUUGGCUUUUACCUCCCUAACUCUUCAAUUCACUUUCAGAUUGAGACUAAUAUGUUAUGAAACAAUUAAAAAAUAAAGGUAACUCACCAGCAAUAAUAAUGAAAUGUAUUUGUAAUAGUAAUAAAUUUUGAAGUAUAGCAAUGAAUAGAAUAUGUUAUACGUAUGAUGGUUGAUAUUGUAGUUGUCAUUAUCAUAAGUUUAGUCGUCGUGGGUAGUUUGUCAUUUCGUAAUCAUGGAUGUCCCAUGUAAUUAAUGACUAUUCAUAUUAUAUGAUUUUAUUUUAUUUAUCGAAAGUCCCAUUUGACUGACUCCAAUUCCAAUCUGGUUGACCCAAAACAUAGGCUAUACCUCAGUAGUAGAGGUUAAGCUAAACAAACAAAAUCUAGAUCUACCCUUCAUCCCCACCUUUUUGUUCUAUUUCAAAUCUACACCCCCCCUCCUCCCAACCCAAGGUUUCAUGUUCAUGGAUGGAUGAUGUAUUAAAUAUUAUUAUACUAAAAGGCAACAUAUAGCAGCAGCAGCCAAGUUAUAUCUUAUUGUAGUAUAGAUUUGAUUUUGAAUAUAAUGAAAUGGAAUGAGUUGUUGCAAUAUUCUCCAAGCUUUGCAGAAAAAACAACAUACUGGAUUUCAUAGGAAAUACUGUAGGUGUACAGCUGGAUCUUCAUUAAUUAAUUUUAGAAAAGGGGUAUUGUAUGUGAAUGAAAUGGAAGAAGUAUAGAAGUGUAAGAUAUGAAAUCUUGGUUUGGUUAAGUAUGAAUAAGAAAGAGAAAAGUAUUAUUUAAAUUAAAAAUGGAAAAUAGAAUGAGUUAGAGAUUUUAGGGAAAAGUACAAAAUUCAUUAUUAUAGAGUUUUGGAGUUUGGGAGUUGAAAAAGGGUAUGGAGGGAGGCAGGCAAGCAGGCAGGCAGAGAGGGGGGUUUAGCUGUUGACAGGAAAGGAAUCUUCUGAUAUUCAAUUUUAUUAUACACAACACCUAUUCUAUAUUUCUAUUACCUAUCUCUUUUUCCAUUACCCCUAAACCCUAACCCCCUUAACCCUCACCCUCCCAAGUCCUAACUUCCAAAGGAAAAGGACCAUAAAUCAUAUUCUUGGGAAAUGCCCCCAUUGUUCAUCAUUCUCUUUUUGUUACCCAUCUUUAGAAACCAAGUAAGGGUUGGACGUUUUCUCAACAAAUAAGGAGUAGAGGAGAUAUAGAUGGAUUAAGUCAUUAUUUUAUAACCAUGUGAAAGUUGAAGUUUUAUAAUUUAGAAAUGAAAUUUCUAGAGAGAAGAAGGUUUUAAUUAAUUUAUGUAUGUACCAAGUUUAGAGCAAUGUGGUCUUAUUUUAUUACCCAUCUUUGGUACAUAAAUUCACAAACUCCAAUGAAAAUUUACACUUGACUAGAGAGAUAUUUUCUUUGGUUAAUAAAAACUAAACAACUUUAGGAGAUUUUCUUUUUUAUACAAAAAUAAUAAUAAAAUAAGAAGUAAAAUUUAAAAAAAUUUCCAAAACUUAAAUAGGUUUAAAGGUAAUCAAUCAAAAGAAUGGGAAGAAAUGAACAGGGAAGGAUAUGAUUGUCUCAAACAUCAAUUGUUUGAUCAUCUCAACGAAAUAGAUGGACCACCUAUCUUAUACUACUUUUAUAUUUGUAUUAUAUACUAUAAUAGCGUUUUACCAACAUUUUCUUUUGGAAGAACAAUGGAAAAAGAAAAGAAAAAUCACUACAAAGGAAGCUUCGUUGAAAUUUGAAGCCAUACCCCCAACACACACAACACAAAAAUUUAGUCACCAACUUUCACAAAUCUCUCUUCCUAUAAAUACCCAUUUCCAUUUCUCUCCCCCACCCCCACCCCCACGGCCACCACCUAAUUCUCCAUAUCCUUUCUUUCUAUUAAGACUACAGUUCGUGUGUAAAGCAAAAUAAUGACUGCCCAAGUGCUUCCUGAACAAUCCCUUCAGUCCAAUAUUCACCUCUUGGUUAGAGACAAUAGCUCUUCUCCACCACCAUUCCACAAAAGACUGGAGGGGAAAGUGGCCAUCGUAACCGGCGGCGCUAAGGGAAUCGGAGAAGCUACAGUUAGGCUAUUUGCCAAACACGGAGCCAAAGUAGUAAUCGCCGAUGUGGAGGAUAUCCUGGGGCAGGCUUUGGCCAACACUCUUUCUCCAUCCCCAGUAUCCUUCGUCCACUGUGACGUCAGCUCCGAGGAUGACGUGGAGAAUCUAGUCAGCACCACCGUCUGCCUUCACGGGCAGGUGGACAUCAUAUUCAACAACGCCGGUGUUCUUGGCAACCAAUCAAAUUCCCACAAGAGCAUCCUUGACUUUGACCCCGACGAGUUCGAGCGGGUGAUGCGCGUGAAUGUGAAGGGGGUUGCCUUGGGGAUCAAGCACGCAGCGCGCGUCAUGAUCCCAAGAGCCACCGGAUGCAUAAUCUCCACUGCCAGCGUGGCAGGCGUCUUGGGAGGCUUGGGCCCGCACGCCUACACCGCAUCUAAACACGCCAUUGUCGGACUCACCAAGAACACGGCCUGCGAGCUCGGCCGAUACGGCAUACGUGUCAACUGCAUUUCUCCAUUCGGAGUUGCCACGUCCAUGCUCGUGAAUGCGUGGAGAGCUGACGUAGAGGAGGAGGAGGAAUGUAUGAACUAUGGGGUUCCGUCGGCGGCGGAGGUGGACAAAAUGGAGGAGUUCGUUAGGGGUCUAGCCAAUCUGAAGGGCCCCACAUUGAAGCCGAAGGACAUAGCCCAAGCCGCCCUUUACCUCGCCAGUGAUGAAUCCAAGUACAUCAGUGGUCAUAAUCUCGUCGUUGAUGGUGGAGUUACCACUUCUAGGAAUUGUAUUGGUUUGUAACUUUUCUUCUUUCUUUCUUCUUUUUUUUUUCUCUCCAGGUAUUUCAUGAUAUGCCUGUUGGUUGGUAGUUUUGGAUAGGAUUAAUUGUUAUUAUUAUUAUUUUUUUAAUUGUUGUUUUGUUUGUUCUUAUAUAAUUAUUUGAAGUACAAUAUAUAUAUAUAGAUGAAUGAAUAUGCAAAUACUAGAGUUAGUUGUUCUA